AUGACAGCCGCAACAUCAUCAACCUCCUCUGCAUCCAUCCUGGACGACCUCUGCGCACCCUUCCUCCCCUUCAACGCCUCCUCUUCUGCAUGGUCCGAUCUAACCCCCACUCCGCAACUGGAGUCCUCUUCACCCAUGUGCCCUAUCCUCUACAACGCAGACUAUUCCUCCGCCAUGGACCUCUACCGCACACUCACGUCCUCCAACACAUCCACGCUCGCCCAACCUCUCUCCCAACUCGAACUGAGCCCUAGAGCGCUCGCACUGACCGCGCACCUGAUCAAGCUCAACCCGUCGCAUUUCAGCGUUUGGCAGUACCGCGCCAACAUCCUUCUGCACUGCCCCGCGCUCGAGGGCAACAGGGACGAAGUGCUCAGAGCCGAGUUGGCGUGGCUGGACGAGCUGGCGCAUCGCAAUAUGAAGAGCUACCAGGUGUGGCAGCACCGCCGCCUGGUGGUGAGCGCGCUGGGGGAGCCGGGGCGCGAACUCGAGUUUGUUCGCGAGAACCUGGAUCGCGAUGCGAAGAACUAUCACACCUGGGGAUACCGGCAGUGGGUUCUCGCGCACUUUGGAGGCCUCGCCUUCCCUUCUUCCACCGUUGACAACGAGAGCGGCAGUAGGGGAGCAUCUCAGUACCCUUCGCUCUGGGACGGCGAACUCGCAUACAUCGAUCAGCUACUCCAUCAAGACGUCCGCAACAACUCGGCGUGGAACCACCGCUGGUUCACCCUCUUCGCACGCUACGGUCUCACCGGCUCCACCGCCAGCACAGCCACCGCACACCUCGAUCUGCCGGCCUUGCAAAAGCAAAUCAAGUUCGAAAAAGCAUACACCAAAGCCUCGUUGGCAAACGUCCCCAACAACGCUUCCGCGUGGACCUACCUGCGUGCACUGCACCUCUCGCUGCCCGCUGAAUUGCAGUCCCCGCUCAGCGAGCAGCUAGGGUGGGCCAAGACGAUGGUCUCGAGCAACGAGGAGGCGAAGCGCGAUGCGAGCGUGGAUACCGCGGGAAAGGCGGCCGUGGGCGCGUUGGAGUGGUGGUUCGACUGUGUUGCUGAGCGAGUUGGCGGAGAGGGAGCGGGUGAGCGCGAGGAGGGAUUGAAGGAGGCCGAGGUGUUGGUGGGAAGGUUGAGCGUGGCCGACCCUGUCAGGAGGAGGUUCUACGCGUAUCGGUUAAAGAGUCUUCGACGGACCUUGCAGUCGACAUCACAGACGUGA